CUUAGCUCGGCUCUUCCCUCCCCUGCUCUGCUGCACCCCACUGUCCCCACCUCAAUGCUGCUGACCCGGCAGCUCCAAAUUUCCCCCCCCUCCACACCUGAGAGCUUAAAUUCUAUUUUUUAUUUCCUUUUCAUUAAGUUGGACAACACCAGCAAGGAUCACCAACUGGAAAUGGAAUAAUUUAUUUAUUUUUAUUGUAUUUUUUUCAUAUUGAGUUGAUGUUGAUUGGAUGUACUGAAGAGAUCCCCAAUCACCUCUACAUGAGGAGGCUUUGUUUAUAGCAUAAAUCCCUGAAACAGGCUCCACAUCACCAUGGCUGAAGGAGCCAAACCCACCUCGGCCAGUGGGCCCGGUGGAGCUGCACAGACGACAUCUCUCAAAUCUAAAGCUCUGGAGUUCCUUAGGAGGCUGAAAAUGUCUGUGGAGCUGGUUAUCGCGCUGGCUGCUCUCCUGUCCUGGGUUGUAGUGGGCGUGGUGAUGUUUGACUUUGUGGAAUACAAAGCAGUACCCGACAUUCAGCAGAUCGUAACGGACCCUGUUCAAGCUGUAAACAAUGCUGUUGAUGAAGUGUCGAGCCUUCUCAAUAAGUUCCAAGAAUGUGCUCCUGAUUUGAGUGACCCAAUGUCUGCCGCUACGUACGCAGCUGAAGAAAUAGCAGAAGCAAAAGAUGGAUUUGUUCGCUAUUUUUCAGAUGAAGAAGGGACUUUCUACCUGAGCUACGUUGAUCCUGUCGUUAUCGGUAGAAGAGCUUUCCAUUCAACCAAUGAUUUUACGUGUGGGAUGCUCAGCUACCUCGGGGACACGCUGAGUUACGUAGUGGAGACUGUAACAGACGCCACUCUGGAUAUAAAGACAGGACAAAUUGAUCUUAGUUACAUUGACCCUGUGAUAAUAGGCAGAGGCAUCUUCAAUAUUACUAACAAGGUCUUGUGUGAAGUGAUGGGGUGUAUCCAGAAUGGGCUUUGCUUCAUACUUGACUCCAUAUUGGAUUUUUCAACAGGGACGACUGACCUCAGCUUCAUUGACCCCGUGGUGAUCGGAAGAAAAUUAUUCACUUUUACAAACGACACGGUUUGUGGAAUAACAGGCUACAUCCAGGGCGUGCUCUGCAUCCUGGUGGACUCCAUACUGGAUGUAACGAAAGGAUCAACAGACCUCAGCUACAUUGACCCUGUGGUGAUUGGACGAAAAAUCUUCAACGUUAUAAAUGACGCUGUUUGUGGAAUAACGGGUUUCACCCAGGACAUACUCUGCACCGUCAUAGACAAUCUAAUGUAUAUUUUUAAAGGAACAACUGAUGUCAGCUUCAUGGACCCCGUGGUCAUCGGUAGAAAAAGCUUCAGCAUUACCAAUGACUUUGUGAGCGGAAUAGCAGGAUCCAUCCAGGGAGUGCUCUGUGUUAUUCUAGAUGUGAUACUGGACACUUUAAACGGUGUCCAACAGGCUGUGGGUUUCAGUCCCAUGUCUGUCCUGAAGACAACAGUAGAAAUCACCAAAGAUCAGAUCGGCACAGUCGUCGGCUUCCUCUCCACAACACUUAUUGUUGAAAAAGGGAUUAUUCCUGAAGCAUCCAUUGAUCCUAUGAAAGCUGCUGAUGAGUUCACAGACAAAACAGAUUCAUUCUUGGGUCAAAUGUCAAGCAUGCUCGUUGGUGAUCAUGGUGAACCUGUCACCUCUCCAGGUGUAAAUAUAGUCACUGACAAAGGUUUUACUUUUUUAUUCCUCUUCAAAAAUCUAUCAGCAAACUGUUGCUGCAUGACUGUAAGGUUAAUAACACUUGUCUUUUUGGAUAUAGAUGAAGCUGUGACUCCUUUAUCUGAUGUCAAAUUGGUAAAAAAGAAAGACAUAUUUACACCUUCAACUGAAAAAGACUUACCUGCAGACUCAAAAACAGAGGAGGUGGACGCCGAGGAGCCCACACAAGCUGCUGCUGAACGAGAAGGGACCGAUGCAGAGGAUGAUGAGGUGAAACUUGCUGAAGAACUGCAACCUGUGAGCUCACGGGAGAAGGAAGGAGUCUUUGAGGAUGAAAGUGACAAGGUCGUGGGAAAAGAAGAGGAAGAGUCCUUCGAUGUGGAAGAAGAAGUGCAUAUUAGAACAGAGCAGGAUGCAGAACCCUUUGAACAAGAACGGAAAAAGGAGGACGAAGGUGGUGAAAAGGAAGAGGAGGAGGAAAAACCUAAGAUUGAAGAUUUGGCUAAACUUAAGCAAGAGGGAGAAGAGGAGAUCAUAGAAGCUGGAGACCAUUCGGUAAAAGAGGAAGAGGCAGAGGAGGAAGGGGGAAAAUCCCAAACUGAAGAUGUAGUAGAACACAAGAAAUCAGAAGAAGAGAAAACUCAAACCAAAGAGGAAGAAAAAAUGAAGGAGAAGGAGGAGGACAAACCCCAAACCAAAGAUACAACAAACCUUCAGGAAGAGGAAGAGGAAGAGGAUGAAAAAACUGAAACUGAAAUCCAUUUAGUAAAAGAAGAUGCAGAGGAGGAGGAACAUGACAAACACCAAAUUGAAGCUGUAGUAAAACAGAAGGAAGAAGAAGAAGCUGAAACCAACGACAGUUUAGCCAAAGAGGAAGAAGAAAUGGAGGAGAAUAAACCCAAAACCAUAAUAAACCUUGAGGAAGAGGGAGAGGAUGAGAAAACUAAAACUGAAGACCAUUUAGUAAAACAAGAUGCAGAGGAUGAGGACAAACUCCAGUUUGAAGACGUAGCAAAACACAGUGAAGAGGAGGACGAGAAAGCUGAAACUAAAGACAUUUUUGCCAAAGAGGAGGAAGAAAAGGAGGAAGAGGAGGAAGAAAAACCCAAAAUCAAAGAUAUACCAAAGCUUCAAGAAGUCGAGGAUGAGCAGAUUGAUACCGAUGACCAUUUAGCUAAAGAAGAGGAAGAGGAAAAAUAUCUAACUGAAGAAGUAGCAAAACACAGUGAAGAGGAAGAGGAGGCAGAAACCAAAGGAAAUUUAGCUAAAGAGGAGGAAGAGGAAAUACCUCAAAUUCAUCAUAAGACAAAAGAAAAGGAGGAAGAUGAAACUGAAGACAUUGUGGCCCAAGAUCAAAAUGAGAAGAUGGAGGAAAAUACCCUUUCUGAAGAUCUAUAUGAGGAUAAGGACAAGGAUUCUGAAACUGAAGUCCUUUUGGCAGAUGCAGAUGAGAGAGAGAAGACAGAGGAACCAAACAUUGUAAUAAAGGCACAAGUGCUGAAGAAGGAAGAGACUUUAUCCACAGAGGUUUUGGAAGACGAGGAGCAAGCAAUGGAGCAAACCAAAACUGAAGACGAUUUAAAGGAAAAGGAGGGAAAGGAUAAAGAGAAAACUCCAUCAAAAGAAGAAGUGGAGUCCACAGAUUUAACAGAGGAGGAGGCAAAAACAGAAGACCUUCUUGCUGAUGAGAAUAACAACAAAGGCAGAAAAACUGAACCUAAACGACCGAAGAAGCUGAAAAUAUCACAGAGACAACAUGAGGACAAAUAUGAGACAGACCUUAAAGUUUCAGAACCUCUAAAAGAGGAGGGAACUAAAGUUGUAAAGCAAAAGGAGGGAAAACCAAAGAAGGAGGCUAAACCUGAGGUUGAAAUUCUGAACAAACCAAGUCCUAAAGAAAAAAUACCUGCAAAGAAGCCUCAGAAAGAGAAGGAAAAGGAAACGAAAGUUACCCCAGUUGAGAAAGAUGUGACAAAAGCUCUCAAAAAAAUGGAACAAGAGAACAUAUCUAAAACGGAGGAAAGGCAGGGAAUUAGAAAGCAAAAAGAUUAUCAACAAAAACAGGUUUCUAAAAACGAAAAAGACAAAAUGAGACAAAUUAAGGAAGAACAAUUAGAUAACAAACCUUCCAAAGGAAAAAGGGAUGAAAUGAAACAUGUUAAAGAAAAAGUGGAAGAAAAGAAAUCACAAAAAGAAAAAAAGCUUUCCAAAGAAAUUCUGCAAGAAAAGAAACCAUAUUUAGAAAAGAUAGAAGAAAAGAAACUUCCAAAAGAAAAGGUUGAAGAAAAGAAAAUACCUCGACAAAAGGUGGACAAAAAGAAACCGGCAAAAGAAAUGCUGAUGAAGACGAAACCACCAAUAGAAAGGGUCAAAGAAAAGAAACCUCCAAAAGAAGUGAUAGAAAAGAAACUACAGAAGGAAAAAAUAGAAGAAAAGAAACCAAUUACAGAAAUGGUGGAGGAAAAGAAAGCACUCAAAGAAGAGGAAGUAGAGAAGAAACAAACAAAGGAAAAUGUUGAAGAAACAAAACCAUUCAAUGUAAAGGCAGAGAAGAAACCAUCGCAAAAAAAGGAAAAACAUAAAGAAAUGGUAGAAAAGAAGAUAUUACCUAAACAAAAAACAAAGGAGAAACCACCCAAAGAGAAGAUAGAAGAAAAGAAACCAUCUAAAGAGAAGGUAGAAGAAAAAGCACAUCCAAAAGAAAUGGGAGAAAAUGAGACACCACCCAAAACCAAGGCAGAGAAAAAGAAACCACCUAAAGAAAAAAGUGACAAAGAGAAAUCACCCAAAGCAAAGACUGAAGAAAGGAAAGAACCCAAAGAAAAUGUUAAAGAUAAGAAACCGCCAAAAGAAGCAGAAGAAGAAAAUAAAAUUUCAAAAGAAAAGGUAGAAGAAAAGAAAUCACUCAAAGAAAAUGUUGAGGAAAAGAAACCUCACAAAGAAAUAGUGGAAGAAAAUAAACCAUCAACAGAACAGGUAGAACAAAAUAAACUGCCCGAAAAAAUGGUGGAAGAAAAGAAACCCCAAAAAGAAAAGACUGAUGAAAAGAAACCACCAAAAGGUAAGGAAGAAGAAAAACUUCCACAACAAAAGGAAGAAGAAAAACUUCCACAACAAAAGGAAGAAGGAACAAAAACACCCAAAGAAAAGACAGAGGAAAAGAAACCACCCAAAGAAAAAGUUGACAAAGAGAAACUACCCAAACAAAGGGUAGAAAAAAAGAAAUUACCCAAAGAAAAGGCAACAGAAAAGAAGCCACUUGAAGAGAGGAUAGAACAAAAGAAAUUACCCAAAGAAAGGGGUGAUAAAAAGAAAACAUCCAAAGAAGUGGUAGAAGAAAAGAAACCAUCAACCGAACAGGUAGACCAAAAUAAACCACCCAAAAAAAUGGUGGAAGAAAAGAAACCCCAAAAAGAAAUAACUGAUGAAAAGAAACCACCAAAAGGUAAGGUUGACAAAAAAGAACAACCCAAAGAAAGAGCAGAAGAAACGAAUUUACCCAAGGAAAAGGUAAAGGAAAUGAAACCACUCAAGGAGAGGGUAGAACAAAAGAAAUUACCUAAAGACAAAGGUGAUGGAAAGAAAACACCCAAACAAAAGGUGGAUGAACAGAAACCAGCCAAACAAAGGGUAGGAGAAAAGAAAUUACCCAAGGAAAAGGAAAAGAUGCCACCCAAGGAGAGGGUAGAAGAAAAUAAAUUAUCCAAAGAAAAGGAUGAUGAAAAUAAAAUACCUAAAGAAAAGGUGGACGAAAACAAACUGCCCAAAGAAAAGGUAGAAGAAAAGAUACCAUCCAAAGAAAAGGUAGAAAAGAAACACCCAAAAGAAAAGAUUGAGAAAAAGAAACAACCAAAAGUUAAGGUAAAAGAAAAUACAUUUCCACAAGAAAAGGCAGAAGAAACAAAAGCACCCAAAGAAAAGGUAGAAGAUAAGAAAUUACCCAAAGAAAAGGUAGAAGAUAAGAAAUUACCCAAAGAAAAGGGUGAUGAAAAGAAACUGCCCAAAGAAAAGGUAGAAGAAAAGAAACAAUCCAAAGAAAAGGUAGAGGAAAGAAAGUCACCCAGGGAGAGGCUAGAAGAAAAUAAGUUACCCAAAGAAAUACACGAUGAAAAGACAAUAGCCAAAGAAAAGGUGGAGGUAAAGAAACUGACCAAAGAAAAUGUAGAAGAAAAGAAACCAUCCAAAGAUAUGGUAGAAAAGAAACCUCCAAAAGAAAAGAUUGAUGAAAAGAAACAACCAACAGUUAAAGCAGAAAAAACAAAAACACCCAAAGAAAAGGCAGAAGAAACAAAAGCAUCCAGACAAAGUGCAGAAGAUAAGAAAUUACCCAAAGAAAAGGGUGAUGAAAAGAAACCAUCCAAAGAAAAGGUAGAGGAAAUGAAGUCACCCAGGGAGAGGGUAGAAGAAAAGAAAAUACCCAAAGAAAAGGUGGACAUAAAGAAACCAUCCAAAGAAAACGUAGAAAAGAAACCCCCAAAAGAAAAGAUUGAAGAAAAGAAACAACCAACAGUUAAAGCAGAAGAAACAAAAGCACCCAAAGAAAAGGCAGAAGAAACAAAAGCAUCCAGACAAAGUGCAGAAGAUAAGAAAUUGCCCAAAAAAAAGGGUGAUGAAAAGAAACCAUCCAAAGAAAAGGUAGAGGAAAUGAAGUCACCCAGGGAGAGGGUAGAAGAAAAGAAAUUACCCAAAGAAAAACAUGGAGAAAAGAAAAUACCCAAAGAAAAGGUGGACAUAAAGAAACCAUCCAAAGAAAACGUAGAAAAGAAACCCCCAAAAGAAAAGAUUGAAGAAAAUAAACAACCAACAGUUAAAGCAGAAGAAACAAAAGCACCCAAAGAAAAGGCAGAAGAAACAAAAACACACAAAGAAAAGGCAGCGGAAAAGAAACCAUCAAAAGAAAGGGUGGAAGAAAAGAAGCCACCCAAGGACGGGGUAGAAAAAUAUAUAUUAUCCAAAGAAAAACAUGAUGAAAAGAAAACACCCAAAGAAAAGGUGGACAAAAAUAAACCACCCAAAGAAAAGGUAGAAGAAAAAGAAACCUCCAUAGAGAAAAAGAUAGAAGAAAAGAAACAUCCAAAAGAAAAAGCAGAGGAAAAGAAGGCACCUAAGGAGAGGGUAGAAGAAAAGAAAUUACCCCAAAAAGAGGGUGAUGAAAAGAAACUACCCAAAGUAAAGGCAAAGGGAGAUAAACCAUCCAAAGAAAGGGUCAAACAAAAGGAAUUACCAAAAGAAAAAUUGGAUGAAAAGAAACCACCAAAGGAAAUAGUAGACAAAAUGAAACCACCCACAGUAAAGGUUGAAGAAAAGACACCCCCUGAAGAAAGCGUAGAAAAGAAACAACUGAAAGAAAACAUAGAAGAAAAGAAACCUCUCAAAGAAAAAGCAGACAAAAAGAAAAAACUCAAAGAAAAGACUGAAGAAAAGAAGCCACUCAAAGAAAUGGUGGAUGGAAUAAAACAUCUUAAAGAAAACGUAGAGGAGAUGAAAUCACCCAUUCAAAAUGUAAAAGAAAAGGAACCCCCAAAAGGAAAAGUAGAGGAAGAAAAAACACCCAAAGAUGUGUUGGGAAAAAAGACACCUUCUAAAGAAAAGAUUGAUGAAAAGAAAGCCCUAAAAGAAAAGGAAGAAAAACAGAAACCUCCCAAAGAAAUAAUUGAAGACAAGAAACCAGCCAAAGACAUGGUGGAAGAAAAAGAGCAAUCCAAAGACUUGGUUCAGGAAAAGAAACUGCCUGAAGAAAAAGUAGAAGAAAAGAAACCACCCAAAGAAAAUAUAGAACAAAAGAAACCACUGAAUGAAAAGGCUAAAGAAAAGAUACCAUCCAUAGAAAAGGCAGAGGAAAAGAUACCACCCAAAGAAAAGAGUGAAGAAAUGAAACCUCCCAAGGAAAUGGUUGAUGAAAAGGAAUCAACUACAGAUACAGUUGGAGCAAAGAAGCUACCAAAAGAAACUGUAGAGGGAAAGAAACCACCCAAAGAAAAGACAGAAGAAGCAAAACCUUCUAAAGAUAAGGUGGAAAAAAAGAAACCACUUAGAGAAAAGGUUAAAGAAAAGAAGGUGCCCAAAGAAAAGGUAGAGAAAAAGAAGGCAUCCAAAGAAAAGGUAGAAAAAAUUAAACCUCCCAAAGAAAAGGUAGAAGAAACAAGACCACCCAAAGAAAGAUUUGAAGAAAAGAAGACACCUGCAGAAAAGUUUAAAGCAAAAAAGCUACCUAAAGAAAGAGUAGAGAAAAAGAAACCACCCAAAGAAAAGUUAGAAGAAACAAAACCUUCUAAAGAUGAGGUGGAAGAAGAGAAACAACUCAGAGAAAAAUUAGAAGAAAAGCUACCCAAAGAAAAGGUAGAGAAAAAGAGACCACCCAAAGAAAAGUUAGAAGAAACAAAACCUUCUAAAGAUGAGGUGGAAGAAAAGAAACAACUCAGAGAAAAAGUAGAAGAAAAACUACCCAAAGAAAAGGUAGAGAAAAAGAAGACACCCAAAGAAAAGAUAGGAGAAAGUACACCUUCCAAAGAAGAGGUGGAAGAAAAGAAACCACCCAAAGAAAAAGGUGAAGAAAAGAAGCUACCAAAAGAAAAGGUAGAAAAAAAGAAGACACCUAAAGAAAAAGUGAAAGAAAAGAAACCUACAGAAAAGAAAGAAGAUGAGAAACUUCCACAGGAAAUGACUGAAGAAAGAUUAACUAUUAAAGACAAAAAGAAAGAAAAGAAACCCCUUGAAGAAAAGAAACAAGAAAAGACAACACAUAAAGAAUUUAUCAAACCAUCUGAAAUACAAAUUGAAGAAAAGAAAUCUCCCAAAGAAAAGGUGGAAGAAAAGAAACUUCAUAAGGAAAAGAAAGAAGAAUCUAAACACAAAGAAAAGAUAUUUGAAGUUGUGAAAUUGUCAACGGAGGUCACAAAAGAUCAGGAAAAGCAGGAUAGACCUUCCAAAGAAAAGACAAAAGAAACAAAAGCAAAGAAACUAGGGGACAAAGACCUACUACAAACUUUUAAAGAUAAGAGAGAGAAGAUUGCUCAAGAGGAAAAGAAAACCACAAAGCCUCCUAAAGUACAAGAAAAAAUUCAAGUGACUCUCAGAAAAGACAAAGAAUCUGAUCAGAAGAGAGCUGCAAAAAAAGAUGUCAAACCCAAACACAGAGUCACAACUGUCAAACGGGAGAUUGCUUCAGUCCUAAAGAAGGAGCAUCUCAAUGUUACAAAGGCUGAUAUCAAACCCAGAGAGAGAAUCACAACUGUCAAGUUAGCUUCAGUCUUCAAAAAGGAGCAUCUUAAUGUUACAAAAGCUGCUUCACUGGCUAUCAAGGAGCCCAAAAAGGAACCAAAAACCAGACCUAAACCUGUAAAACCAGAUGCUGAGGUUUCUAAAGUGAAAGCCAAGCGAGCUCCUUCAAGGAAAGAGCCUCCAGCUCCUAAAGAAAAGACUAAACCAGUCAUCUUGACCAAAGAAACCGCUCCUGUCAAGAAAAAAACUGCACCAACGAUUAAAGUUAAAGAUGAAGCACCAGACAAAAAUGUGUCUCUGACAAAGGAGAAGGUGAAGGCGGUAUCACCAAGGAAAGCUCCUGUGACUCCAAAAGAAAAAGUCAAAGCAGCAAUCAAAACCACAAUCAAAAAGGCUGUUACCAGGAUGAAGCCGAUAUCUGCUGAGAAGAAGAGAGAAAAACCUGUGAAAAAAGCUAUGAGAGAAGAACCUAAAGAAGACAAAGUUCUUAAAGAAAUACAAGGUUCUGCAAAGAAAGAAAAAAUAGUUGAGAAGGAUGUUGUGAAGGAGGAAAAGGUUGAAGAAAAGCCUCCAGAAAGCUUCCUGACGGAGGAGGAAAUGCCGUUCUUCCAGUGCUUCUUUGUGGACGAGGACGAUUCCCCUUUUCCAUUUUACGCCUUCUCUCCUUUUCAUAUUUGACAUGUCUGAAAAGCUUUAUGAGGCUUUCAGUUCAGUGAGAAUACUGAUCAUGACUAGGUCUCAUCACGGCCUGUGCUGCUAAAACACCGUGGACAGGAGAGGACGAUUCUGUGUGAUGGACCGUUUAGUGUUUUAUUUUAUUUGCUGAUUUCCAGAACUGGUUGAGCUCUCAUACCAAAUACAUGUAGUCAGUGUCAUUCCUUUCAAUUUUUUAUUCAUUUUAAGUAUCCAGGAGGCGUCUGUCUCACUCAUACAGCUCUUAAACUGAAUUUACACCCAGCUUGGUAUUUAUUUUGGGAGAGACUUGGCUUCAGGCCCUUUUAGCCCAAAAUUACCUGAAAUGCUGCAGAAACUAUGAGUAAUAACACACCUCGCUGUUAAAUCUUCAUUUUCUUGAUUUUGUGCAUCAAAAGGAAUGACCGUGCACUGUAUAGGAGAGCUCCCAGACUUUACUGGUGACCUGAAACAUGAAGUUGUGUGUAACUGAACCAUCUGCACCAGGUUUUUCUUUAAAAAUCGGUGCUCAGCAACCAUUUCCUGAAUUCUCAGACAGAGUCGUGAGUGUUCAGAUGUAUUUUUGACCAUUACAGAGGAGAAUUGUGUAAUUCAUUGACUGACCAAACACUGGCUGUUCAGCUGUGUACACAAUGAGGAAACUUGAUGCAUUUAGGAAACCUUAUAACUAUUGUGGGCAGCAGUAGCUCAACAGGUUGAGCGGGUUGUCCAGUAAUCGGAAGGUUGCAGGUUCGAUCCCGGCUCCGGACAGAGAAUGCUGCUGUUGUGUCCUUGGGCAAGACCCACCUUGCCUGCUGGUGGUGGUCGGAGGGUCCGGUGGCGCCUGUGCUCGGCAGCCUCGCCUCCGUCAGUGCGCUGUGGCUACAUCGUAGCUCAUCAUCACCAGUGUAUGAAUGUGUGUGUGAAUGGAUGAAUGAUACACUGUAGUAUAAAGCGCUUUGGAGUCCUUAGUCUGAGAGGCACUAUACAAGUGCGGGUCAUUUAUCAUUAACCUCAUAACUAUGGGCAUAUACAACAUCUGUUCAUAUUAUAACAAGGCGUGUUCUUAUUCAAACAAGAUUUCUCUUGUUUGGACAUUCUGUAAAGGAGAUGAGCAUGAGAGAGAAACCUAAAAUCAGGAAGCGUGUGUGUGUGUGUGUGAACAUGGACAGGGGAAAGGCAGACCUGCUCAGGUGUAAUCUGAGUCAUCUUUUGGAUGUGGCACAGAUUAAUCUCCGCAGCCUGUUGUACUGAUCCUGAGUCAGCUUUGCAUCUUCAGAGAUGAAAUAAAAGGAACACACCCUCAGAUUUUAUUGUGAUGCUUCAAAAUGACAUUAAAAUGGGGGUUAGCCUAUAUUUGUUCAGACAUGACAGAUCUGUUCUGUUUAUUUUUUAUAGGAGCACUAAAAGUCCUAAUUAUUAGUUUGAAACUGAGUCAUACCUAAAGACUCACUUUUACCAGGUGAACAUGUGCAGUAUGUAGUUUUUUGUUGAGCUAAAGAAUCACACUACUGUUCUGUUUUUGUUUUUAAACGAUCCGUGCAUGAGCAUGAGGUGUGUGUGAUUGAUGUGAGAAGUUCCACCCAGUCAGAAGUUAGUGAAUCACAAACACACUUGAACAUGUUUGAGGUAUUCAAAACCAACAAAGUCUAAUGCUGAGAGAGAAAAUUGAUCUUGAUGUAAAUAGUUUAUUAAGUGGGGAAAUUUUAUUAUUUUAUCUGGAUUCAUAUAUGAUGGGAUUGCUCUUGUAAAGCAGUAAACUUGUAUUAUGUAUGCCCUCUUUGUGCUUGUGAAUAAAAACAAUUUGGAAUUAAAACGUA